AUGAUGAGGAAGUCUCGACAGUCGUCUAUAGUGGUGGCCGUGAGGGUGCGGCCUUUUUCCCCAGAAGAAAAGGCUUUCUUGGUAUCUGAGAAAGGUUCAGACAAGAGGUAUUCAUUGAAUAUGGGGGAUUCGAAUCUGGUUGUUCCUAGAAGUAGUUUGGGGCCCGAUGAGGACGAGUCUGGAAAGCAGGCGGCUAGGCCACCCGCUAUGGUGAGACCUCGUGGAAUACGGAAGGUGGUAGAGUGUGUUGAUUCGAAGAUGUUGGUGUUUGAUCCUGCAGAGACUAAUCCUUUAAAUUCAAUGAGUGAAACUGUACUCAACUCGAUCUAUGCCGGUAGGAGAGGUAGUAGAAGACGUCUACGAAGAAAUGGUGGAGAGAUCAAGUUUGUGUUUGACAAAUUAUUCGAUGAAAAUGCGACCCAGGAAGAAGUGUAUUCUGGGACUACUAGCGAGCUUUUAGAUGCUGUGCUAGAUGGAUUUAACGGAACUGUGUUUGCGUAUGGCGCCACUGGGUGUGGAAAGACUUAUACGGUGAGUGGGACACCGGAACGGCCUGGGGUCAUCUUCUUGGCAAUGCAGGAGCUGUUCGCCAGAAUGGAAGAACUGGAGGAUACAAGGAAGUUUGAGAUCUCGGUGUCAUAUUUGGAGAUUUACAACGAAACCAUACGUGAUUUGCUGAGUCCCGAAAUGUCCCCCAAGAAACUGGUAAUACGAGAGGAUAGUGAGAAUAGGAUUAGUGUGGCUAAUUUGUCACAUCAUAGGCCCAAGACCGUGGAGGAUGUGAUGGAUUUGGUUGUUUUGGGAAACACGAAUAGGACUACAUCGGCUACGGAUGCGAACGAGACUUCUUCGAGGUCGCAUGCUGUUUUGCAAAUCAAUAUAGUGCAGAGCAGUCGAACCGCAGAGAUUACCUCGGACCACACAUUUGCUAAACUCUCAAUCAUUGAUUUGGCAGGUAGCGAACGAGCUGCAUCGACCAAGAACCGUGGUGAGCGGCUGCAAGAGGGUGCUAACAUCAAUAGAUCUUUAUUGGCGCUUGGUAACUGUAUCAAUGCAUUGUGUAUCAGUGAUGGAACACGCAGGACGUGUCAUGUUCCAUAUAGGGACUCAAAACUUACUAGGUUGUUGAAAUUCUCGCUGGGAGGUAAUUGCAAGACCGUUAUGAUCGUUUGUGUGUCACCGAGCAGUACGCAUUACGAUGAAACCUUAAACACCUUGAAAUAUGCUAAUCGAGCAAAGGAGAUAAAGACCAAAGUGGUCAGGAACCAGCAAUCCCUCGAUAGGCAUAUCAGUUCUUAUUUAAAGAUGAUCGAAGAGCAAAGACAAGAGAUUGAUGAACUACGCAAAAGAGAAACAACUAUGAUCGACCUGCGGCUCAAAAGGUACAAGUUAACUCAGGAGAAGGUACAAAUGGCAAUUGAUGAUUGCAUGAAUAGUCUUCAGGAUACUUAUGACCGGAUUCCCAAUUACCAAAAUGCCAAAGUGGUCAAAUCAUUGAUCUUGUGUAAACGGCGGUUCCUACAAAUGGUCCAGUUAGAAGUGAACAAUGUGAUAGCCAUUGCGCAGAACUGGACAAAUAUCGAAAUAGUAAACAGUUGUUCACUAGUGGCAGACCAACUGACCAACAAGAUCCGCGAACUGGAGAUCAAGUUCGACUCUACUCAUGAUGAACUCGAGCAAGCCAUAGACCACGCACGCACCAUUACACUCCCUCGACUACGAGAGAUGGAGAACUGGAACGAGACACGAGACCACCCUUAUUUCGAAGCAAGACUUACACAAAUCGCCGACUCUCUGAGAAACGAAAUCCUAGUCAAUGGAUCAACAAUGGUUGAAAAACUAUUACAAGAUCCAACACUACUGAGCAGAACUAAAUUCUUAUCAAACAGUCUAGUAAACGAUACGAGCGUACAAACUGCUAUCGAGGAUCUAGCUCACAUAGAUCAAGAGUUUGAGCAGUUUGGACAACUAUUCUUUGCACACAGAACAACAACGGACCUCAGCGUACUACGACCCAAGGUGACUAAAACAGUCCGUUGGCUUAACGUACCGCAGCAGGAAGAAGACGAGGAGCAAGACGAUAAUCAUCCCACGGACAUCGACAUCAGCAUGCAGGACAUCGCUCAGCCGUCAACGACCGCUGCAACGACCAGAAACUCGUUGCUCAACCACAAACUACUCUCGCACCCGUCAUCUGACUAG